AGGAGAGAAAAGGGUGAGUGAGAAAGAGAAAGAGAGAAAGAGACGUUGAUCGCAUCAUCGAUAUCAGAGAGUGAUUGCGAUUGGGUCGAGAAACAGAGGGAAUCGAUUGGCAGUUGAAGCGGUGGGAGGGUGAUGAUCGAUACAUGUGUGUAUGAAUUCAUCCGAGUGAUACAAGUGAGCGAGUGAAAGUGGUCACGGCGGCGUGGUGUUCAGGAUCGGUGGAUCAGAAGGGAAGGGAAAGGAAAGGAUGGGUCGGAAUCAGAGGGAGAGGGAGGAGGGAGACAAGCACGCGGGGCUCCUCAAAUUGGCCCAAAUCCUCACAUACCUCGUCGUCUUUGCGGGGGGAGUCGUCAUGGGUCUCACCACUAGCUCUCACAUCCACAACACCAAUUUCAUAUCUCAGCCCUACCGCAACCCUCAUCACCCUAACAAUUAUAUCCCUAUUUCCAACUGUUCUUCCACCGCAGCCUCACCACCACCACCACCACCACCACCGCCUUCUUCCCCUCCUCCUCCUCCUCCGCCUCUCGACAUGGGGGAGUUCCUUCAUCCGCCCAACCUCACUCAUACUCUGUCGGACGAUGAGCUGUUCUGGAGGGCUUCCUUGAUGCCGAAGAAAGAAGGGUACCCUUUCCGCAGAAUCCCGAAGGUGGCUUUCAUGUUUCUGACCAGGGGUCCCCUUCCCAUGUUGCCCCUCUGGGAGAGAUUCUUCAACGGCCACGCCCCUCUCUUCAGCAUCUACGUCCACGCGCCUCCGCGAUUCCAUCUCAACGUCUCCGAGUCUUCCCCUUUCUACGGGCGCCAAAUCCCCAGCCAGGAUGUUUCGUGGGGCACAGUGACGCUGGCAGAUGCUGAGAGACGGCUUUUGGCAAAUGCUCUGUUGGACUUCUCCAAUGAGCGGUUUGUUCUCCUUUCCGAGAGCUGCAUCCCAAUCUACAACUUCCCCACUGUCUACCGAUAUCUCACAGACUCCGCCCACAGUUUUGUUGAAUCCUACGAUGAUCCCACCCGCUAUGGCCGCGGUCGCUACAGUCGCAGUAUGCUUCCUCAUAUUCAACUUCGACACUGGCGUAAAGGCUCUCAGUGGUUUGAACUCAAUCGUCUUCUUGCUGUGUAUAUAAUCUCUGACACCCAAUAUUUUUCCCUCUUCCGAAAAUACUGUAAGCCUGCCUGCUACCCAGAUGAGCAUUACAUUCCAACCUUCUUGAACAUGUUUCAUGGUCCUCUUAAUUCCAACCGUACCAUCACAUGGGUUGACUGGUCAAUGUUGGGUCCUCAUCCUGCAAGCUUUGGGAGAGCUAAUAUAACUGCCGAUUUUAUUCAGGCUUUAAGGAACAACGGUUCCCUCUGUCGAUAUAAUUCCGAGAUGACUUCCAUUUGUUACCUCUUUGCCCGCAAGUUUGAUCCCAGUGCACUCGAGCCCUUGCUAAACCUUUCUUCUCAGUAUACAGAUGAAGAGAUUGAUCGCUGCUUUGAAGAAUUUGAUGAGGAUGUCCACACAGAAUUCUUGAAGUUUGGGGAAAUUGUGAACUUCAAGGUGAUGAUGGCAUUCAUCUCUCUUCCAUUGAAUUGGAGAUUUCAACUUUAAAUGAAAGCUUAAUUUUCCCACUAACGUGAGCACAUUCUUUCUCACCAACACCCAUCUUUUUCGAGCAACAGUUUGCAGCUACGCAUGAGUUUUGUCAGUGUGGCACUGUUAUGUUUUUCCUGCCCAUUCCUUUUCCCACUAUGACUAUCAGGGUUAGCCAUCAACCAUUUUUGGGCCUAGAAAACCCAAACCUAAAUAACCCAAGGACACAAGUAUUUUUCUUGUCUUUGUCCACUCAAUUUAUCAGGUUAUCUGUGGUUGUGGAUGUUAGAAUAAGUAUUAAAUUUGGA